AUGAGGAACAGUUUGUUGACCCGAUAUAUCAAGGACAAUGAAAUUCAUCCUUCUGGGUAUGAAGAAAUAAUGAGGAACACCAAUGCCACCGUGAGGAAUUUAGAACAUCAUAUUGCCCAAAUGUCAAAGAUAAUUGAGGAAAGACUUCCUGGUUCUCUCCCUAGCAGUACGGAAGUCAAUCCAAAAGAAUCUCGGAAGGUCAUUACCCUGAGAAGUGGCAAGCAACUUUCAGGCCCUACUGCAGAGAGGUCUAUGACUAUAGUUGACAUUGGGAAGAAAAUUGAGGGAAAAGGAGGAACUGAGUUACCCAAGUACCAGCCCAAGCUUCCUUAUCCUAUGAAAGCAAGGAAAUACCUACAAGAAGAGCAAUACAAGAAUUUCUUUGAUGUGUUCAAUACCUUUCACAUAAAUGUUUCAUUUAUUGAGGCCCUUGUUCAAAUGCCAAGGUAUGCAAAAUUCUUAAAAGAGUUGCUCAUAAACAAGAGAAAGCUUGAGGAAGUGUCCUCUGUGACACUUGGUGAAGAGUGCUUAGCCCUAAUAACCAACAAGCUCUCCAAGAAAAAAAAAGACCUCAGGGGAUUUAUCAUUCCUUGCACUAUUGGAGAACUUGUGGAUGAGAAAGCUCUGCCCAAUAUCUGGGCAAGUAUUAACUUGAUGCUCUACAAAAUUUUCCAAAAGCUAGGACUAGGGGAACUGAAGUCCACAACAAUGACACUACAAUUGGCUGACAGAUCCCUCCGUCAACCAAGAGGAUUUAUUGAAGAUGUUUUAGUAAAGAUGGAUAAGUUCAUAUUUCCGGUGGACUUUGUAAUCCUCGAUGUUGAUGAAAAGGGCACAUUCAUGAAGGAUGAACUAUGUGAGCUAUUGGAAGAUGACCCUCCUAAGGCUGAUGAACCAGAAGAAGAGUUGGUGGACAAUUAUGCUAUCAAGACAUGGUGA